AUGCUUGGCGCGAUUAUUGUGGCAAAGGAACCAUUAUCUCUCCCGACAUUGGCUAAACUCCUUUCAUUGAAGCAGUCGAUAUUGGAGAACUUUUGCAACGGACUUCGCUCAGUAUUGGAUCAAGAAGGCCCACUUCGAUUCCGACAUCAAUCGUUUGUCGACUUCCUGCUCGGGAACAAGCAAGAUGCACCAGAAUUCAGUUUAACGACGUCUAUCUGUGAGCAAAGCAUUGCCAACCAGUGCCUGCAGGUGAUGAAGAACAAUCUAAAGUUCAACAUUGGCAUCCCCAUCGUCCGACCAACUCAAUGUCGAGAGUUUGAGACAAUCACAUCCAUUGAAGAUUGCAUUCCGUCACAUUGA